GAAAAUGAAAAGAACAUCAACCAACAGCCUCAAAGAAAUCUCCUUGUCCCGCAAAAUCCGGAGAUGUUGACCGACGAGGAGUUGCUGCUGAAGAUCGAGGAGUCAACCCAAAACGCCAUCCAUCAUCAGGACGAGACCCUCAGGUCGAUCCUCCGCCGUCAAUGCGGCGUACGUUACCUCCGGCGCUAUCUAUCGCCGGCCGACGACGACGCGGCUGCUUUCAAGCGUACCGUGCCGUUGUCUUGCUAUGACGAUUACGCCGAUUACAUCAAUCAAAUGGCCGACGGCGGUCAACUCGAUGAACAGCCUCUGCUGUCCGUUGACCCUCUUGUUUGUUUCUUUUACAGCUCUGGUACGAAUUCUGUAAAUAUGAAGCCCAAAUUGGUGCCUUACUUUGAUUCAUCACUCUCAAAAGCUGCCUCUUUUAUUGCACACCAGGGAGCUUCUGCAAUUCUUAGAAGGUCCUUUCCUCUAAGGUGUGAAGUGAAUAAGGUACUAUCCUUUCUCUAUGCUGGGAAUGUUUCAACUACAAAGGGAGGUUUCAAGGCCAUGGCUGCUUCUUCUUACCCUUUUCAUUUCAAUACUAAUGCUGUGCUCCAGAAUUUACGUAGCACUAGUCCGAGGGAGGUUUUUUUGGGAUCAAAUAUCGAGCAACAAAUGUACUCCCAUCUUCUUUGUUCUCUGAGGAACUGUGAUUUGAUAGAUGGGAUUCAAGCAGCUUAUGCCGUAGGGUUGACUAGAGCAUUUAGCCUAUUGGAAUCCAGGUGGGAACAGUUAUGCAAUGACAUUGAACAUGGGAUUUUGAGUUUGGAGGUUGAUGAUGUUGCAAUGAGAGAUUCUGUCAAUGAGGUCCUUGGUGGAUCACAACCGAGUUUGUCCAAGAGGCUUCGUCUGGUUUUUGAAAACAAGAAUUGGAAAGGGAUUGUGAGUAAAUUGUGGCCUAAUGUUCGGUAUGUUAAGUGUGUUACAACCGGAAGCAUGAUGCAGUAUUAUUCAAAACUUAAGUUCUAUGCAGGGGAGGUACCCGUGUUAGGAGGAGAUUACUUUGCUUCUGAGUGCAGUAUCGGUCUUAAUUUGGAUAGUAAGCAGCCCCCGGAGAAAACUAAGUAUGUUAUGCUUCCAACUGCCGCCUACUUUGAGUUUCUUCCAUUUGACACAAAUGAGAAUAAGGUUGUUGGUGAAGAAAUUUAUGAUUUUGCUGGAGUGGAAGUUGGGAAGUUUUAUGAAUUGGUUGUAACUACAUACAGGGGAUUUUAUCGAUAUCGUUUGGGAACUUUCCAAUGGAAAAGAUAUCGAUGA